AUGCCCCGAGGUCCCCACAUAAGUGGGAAGGCCCCACCGAAGCUCCCGUGGCCGCCACGCAGCCGUCGGCGCUCAACCCGGGGCCCCCCGUGCGUGGCCAACGCCUCGGUGAACACCAUGGCUGACUUUGACGCAGAAGACAUCUUCGUGCACACAGCCAACGUGCUCCGCUUCCUGGGGGCACAGCUGCCCGGCGGCCACCUCUUCGUCAGAGAGCUCAUGUAAAGCACCGUGCCUGUCCGCGACAGCUGGAGCAAGUACUUUGUGCCCAGCAAGUACUUUGUGCCUCCGCAGCUCUUCCCUGGGCGGGAAUAUCCAGUGUACUGCAGCGGCUGCGGCUUCCUGCUGUCCAGCCACACGGCCCGGACCCUGCGCACGGCUGCACGCCACACCCCGCUCUUCCCCAUCGACGACGCCUACAUGGGUAUGUGUCUGCAGCGUGCCGGCCUGGUGCCCAGCGUGCACAAGGGCAUCUGGCCCCACGGCGUGCAGCUACCCGGCUCCCAGCAGCCCCCCUUCAACCCCUGCGUCUACCGCGAGCUGCUCCUCGUGCACCACUUCGCGCCGUACGAGAUGCUCCUCAUGUGGAAAGCACUGCAUGACCCUGCACUGAGCUGUGGCUGGACACGCAGGGUCUCCUAA